AUGGGCAACAUGUACCGAGGACUUAUUAAAAGUGAUGUUUCAUCUUCAAUACCAACAAAAUACCAAACGGUGGUGAUACAAAAUCAAGAAAAAAAAGGGUUUUCAUCUCAAGCUAAGAGGUUCCCAUCACAAGUCUGUCUGAAUGAAAACCCAGGACCAGGCAGCUAUGUUUGUAUGUCCAGCACUGAGGUUAAAAAUCCUUCUUUCUCAAAGAAAGGCACCACAGGCUUCGUUGGAUCCAAGGCUGCCAGAGCUUCCAGUAUCUCCCAGAGAGGAAUACCAGGACCAAAUGCAUACAACCUGCCGAGCUGCUUCUUGAACAAAUACGACUUUAACACCGGAGUCUCCAGAGUGUUCAGAACACCUGUGGCUGUGCAGCCGGAUUUUCCAAAGAACGAAACUCCAGCUCCAAAUCAAUAUGAUGUCAGUUGUGAGGGUAAAGAGAGAAACUUCUCGAUGGCUGGUACAUCAUCCUUCCUGUCAAAAACUGGGCGCGACGUCUUGUGCUUAAACUAUAUGCCAUCACCAUGCCAUUAUGAAGUGAACAGCAACUUACUCCACAGUGGCUCCAAGGCAAUCCUGUCCCCCUUCAAAUCAAAAACUAAGAGAAUCCCCCCUCCAAUGGACAACCGUGUGCCAGGUCCAGGAGCCUACACUCCACAUCAGCCCCCUGCACCUGUGAAGAAAACCAUCCUCCCGAGGAGAUGUUACCUGGCAAUAUCAGCGCCUCCUCUGAUUGUUCCUAAGGACCCUCCUCUGCCAGGACCUGGACAAUAUGACCUAGGGCUUUAUGAUGGUCUGUUCAAGCAUCCCAUGCCUACUGCUGCGUUUGCAUCCAAAACUGAAAGGAUGCCCCAAGACUCACGGGCCAGUCUGAGGCCAGGCCCAGGUUUCUAUAAUCCACAGAUUCUGUCAAAGCAGUCCUUCUUUUACAACGACUCCAGAGUCUGGAUUCCUGUGUGA